AACGAACUCUACAUAAACAUCGAAUAUUGACUCAAUGAACGUCUCAUGGCCGUGGGUGGUUUGGCGUGAGACUGAGAUUGGCUCUGAUACAUUUACUAGCUUUGGUAAUUAUGAAUAUACUCUAAUAGGAACAUUUUAUUUCGACUAUUAAUUUUUGGCAUGAC